CUGUAUCUAGGUCUCGCAUCCUGGGGGAAUGUGAAGCAUUGACCACAAUGAUAAAUUCUUUUAAGGUAAAUCGAAAAAAGAACGUUCAGAGCCAGGGUGAAUCUGAUAAAUAUGAACCAUCCCUUUCAGAGCUGAGAGAACUUAGAGAAGCUGUACAAAUGGACUUGGAGCUCUUCCCACGUCCAUCAGCAACACCGUCCCGUCUGCCUGUGAAGGGACUAAAAAACAUGAGAUUGUCAUCAGAACAAAGCACAGACAGUCUUCUGGGACUACGUGGAGCUCCUCCUCUGUGCCAUCUUAUACCUAGGCCACCAAGUGGACCUCCUCCAACCCACGCCUCUCCAUCCAGGACUCACUCUUUACACAGGCUCACACCAAUCUCUAAUAAGUCACACAAACAUCCCACCUGCAACAGCAAGGAUACUUCAGGGCUUGCAAGCAGCCCCCUCUCUGCUAAACAGAAAACUGUUAAAAGCAAACCACUCUCCCAACAUACAGUACUCCUGCAGGAGGGCCACCUUGAUUACAAUCAGACCUUCAGGGCUGAAAUGAGGUGCAGAGAGACUACGUGGACCUUGGCCAGGAUCUGUAGUGGCAGCAAAAGGCUGGUGGUGCAGAGACUGUUGCAGAGGCAGCGCCAGCACAUGGACGACAUUCGCUUUCAUUUCCUCAUGGUCCAGAGCGACUCCGAGCAGGUCGCACAAGCGCACUCGGACUUGACAAUGGUUUCAAUAUUUAACCUGCUUGAGCGGCACAGACUGCAGUCCUUCUACAACCAGUUUCUUCAGUUGGGUGUGAAGGAUGAGAUGGAUUUCUUGGAUGGAGUGACGGAUGAGGAUCUGAACAACAUGGGUUUAAGUCAGGUGGAAAAGACUCGUUUUUCCACCAUGAAAAACUUCAUUCAAAAACUCAGAGCUCCACAGCGACAAGUUCAAGCUGUGGCACCAGUACAAAAAUCACUGGAGUCAUUCUCUAUCCAGUACACAUACCCUAAGUGUCCCACACCAAAGCAUAUUAAAGAUAUGGACCCAGCACAAAACACAGUUGAAGAUCUGAUGUUACGAAUCUGUCAUUUUGAAAAUGUUGGCAUCAACAAAGGAGUCUGUCUCUACACAGCUGAUGGGAUGCCCCUGACAGACGACCCCUUCUUCAACACAUGGUCUUUGAAGGACAGACACAUUGAAAAUGGUGCCAUGAUCUAUGCCAUAUUUACACCGAAGGAAAAUCUAAGAGCUUCUCCUAUAAUGCCACAACCAAGGUUUGAUCAGACUUCAGGAACAGAUGUCAUUCGAUGUCACAUCAUGCUAAAGGGAGACUAUGAGCUGAUGCUGGACUUAGAAACUGAUACAAUGGUGACUCUAAGACAAAAGCUGUCCAAUGCAAGUGGAGUCCCUGCACAUGUUCUUCACCACAAGUAUGUCAACUUGUUGAUUUGUUCCCUGUGA